GCUUGGAAUGGAAAUUCCAUGGAUUAACACAAGUCCCUUGCCCCUCCUGCUCUCUGCAAUGUGUCAGGACUACUGAAUGAAUAAAACAGGACACACACAUAAGCUUGUUGAUAUUACAGGUCAAUGUGCUGGUGAUAUCAGGCUGCCAAGACAAAGAAGGUUGAAAGCAUUUCCUAUUCAGUGCAGAGAUCAUGUCCCUUCCACGCCAGCUGAGAGAUGAGAGUGAUUUUGAACAGUUACCAGAAGACGUUCCUGUAUCUGCUCAUAUUGCAGACAUGGAGGAAAGGAGAGGCUUCUCUUUUUACUAUACAUUUGUAAUUGAAGUAAAAACGAAAGGGGGCAGUAAGUAUUUCAUAUACCGGAGGUACAGCCAAUUCUUUGCUCUGCAGACGAAGCUGGAAGAAAACUAUGGCCCUGAAAAGGGUAUUGCUCCUUACAUCUGCACCCUUCCUGAACUGCCGCCAAAGAUUUUUGUUGGAAACAAGAAAGACAUUGCGGAAACUCGCAUCCCCCUUCUUAAUGGCUAUAUGAAGAGGCUGCUAAACUCUCCUGUUUGGCUUUUACUGGAUGAGGAUCUGCGGCUGUUUUACUACCAGACAUUAUCUGAUAGUGAGAGGAUCCCCCAUGGCUUGCGGAGACUACGUCCUCAGACACGCAAAGUCAAGAAAAACUCCCAACCCAUUUCUGAUGGGGACAGACCAAGAGCAGAGUCACUAUUUGAUUUUAAGGGAAAUGCAUCUAUGGAGCUGAAUCUUAAGUGCGGUGACCUUAUAUAUCUUUUGAGUUGGGUCAACAGGGAAUGGCUAGAGGGGACUGUGGGAAACAGAACAGGCAUUUUCCCAGCAUCAUUUGUGAGGAUUAUCAAGAAUCUUCCAGAAGAGCAGCACCAGGUCAGCUUGCUGCGUUGCUAUUUUCAUGACCAUGACAGAUGCCUGAUCAGAGACAUUUCUUUAGAGGAAGAUGUACGGAAAUGUCCUUCCUAUAAGAAUUUGCUAGGUUUAAUAAGAAACCAGUUUCCUGAUGCAGAGGUCGCCCUAAAUAUGAGAGACACAGAUGGAGAGCUCAUUCGGCUAAUGGAUAACAGCGACAUGGAGCUUCUCAUUACACGAGGGAAACUGACCCCUCGAGCAAAAAACUACUUUCCCUGGGAGUUACAUGUAACCCACCAGGACGAUUUGGAGGUGUACAAAACUGAGACUUGAGCAAUGCUGAAAGCUUAAAAAUUUACUAAAACGAGAAUGUUAAAAAUGAUUCACCGCAUAUUACUGAAUGUAAGGAAAGAAACAAUUUGGCACAUUUAUCAAAGUAGAUCAGUGUAUCAAUUUGUCAGGAUGUUUUAACUGCUUUGAAGUGUUCAACGCCAUUCUCUUCUAUGUGGGGUGAUAGAGCUCAGUGUCACCACAGAGCUCUAACACCCCACUGAAUCCUAAAUCCACAAAAAUGAAUUGAGUUUUGGGUUAAGAUGAAUGCAGUGCAAAUUAAUAGGGAGAAUACAAAUUCUGAAAUGCUGGCACAAAUCAUUAUAGUACAGAAAUCAACUUUUUAAAUCUGACAGUGCACUGUUUGGACGAAAAAAAAAAGAUCCUCUAUAAAUCGGAACAGCCAUGAAUGUAAAUAGAGAAUGAUGCCCUGAUAAAAAAAAAACAGUGCUAGAAGGUGGUUGGUGCCAUGAAUUGACUCAUAUGGCAGAUAACCUACAAAAGAACAAUAAAAAACUAUGAGUGGGCAUUACUUUAUAACAUUUAUUGGAUAACCUUGCUCUAAAGAGAAUCUAAAGGCUGAUGCAAAGAAGCUCAUUUCCAAAAAUGCCUCAGUAGAAUCCAUGGCCACUGGAAUGCAACCUAUUGUAUUGCUAGAAUAGAGCCACUCAAAAUAUCCAGCACAUGGACAUUCUCUAACAUGCCCUUGCUUCCACUUCAUUAAUAUUAAUAAUAUUGCUGUAAUAUAUGGCUACUCUGGUCAAUGUGCAUGCCAGUAGAGUAAAAUUGAAACUUAGAGAGUAAAAGUGCAGAGUACUGCACACCACCCAGGGCAAUCACAAAGUAUCCCUGGGACAAGAGACAAGAUGGCGAAGCUCAGCAGAACAUUACCAUGACUGCUCCAAUACUGACCUCCAAUAAUUAACUCUUUUUCUUGUUCUGGGUGUUCUAACAAUGCUGGAACCCAUAUCUAAAUGCACCAUGUAGUGACUCAGUCUUUAGAUCCCCUUAACCAAGUUUUAUGAUUGUCACAGUAUUUAUUGUAAGAGAUCUCGUUCCCAUUAAAUGGAUUUUCCAUUCA